AUGUUUCACUACUCACUGCAGAGGUUAGUGUUGUCCAAGACAUCGGUGUUUAGAUCAUUAUUAGAAGUCAGCAACUUGCGUUUGUCGCGAGCAAACGGCGGUUACUUAGUGGUCUCCUACAGAGUCGGCAACUACAGAAGCAGUGUAAACGGUGUUAACGGCGUUGUUUACCACGGGACAAACAGUCAGCGGACGGGCGAUCAGAUGGCGGCCGAAGACGACGCCGACGAACGCAAGAAGUUUGAAAAGUACUAUAAGUUUCAAAUACAACAGAAACGUCUUCAGGAGAUGUCCUUCUCGUCGACACAUCCCGUGAGCAGCACUUCCAGCGCCGAUCAACUCAUGGCGAAUAUCAUACAGAAAGUGGAGACCGACGCCAAGUUAGACAAACGGCUCAGUAAUAGUCACCACCGAUCGGUUCCUCAGCAGCCAGUCUUCAACGGCACUCAAGUGUCGAUGAUAUCGAGUGCCGUUCACCACAACUCUUCGCAUCCAUUUGUUCCACAGUAUCCUAAUGUCCGGCCAUUAAUGCCGACGCAACCAGUGAUGACACCGACGGCCGGACAACCGCUGAACGUCGGCCCAAAUGCCGGACAUUUGCCUCAAAAUAAUCAGUCGCUGAAGACAACACCAAUUCUUCAGCAACUGUUUACCGAUCGGACCGACAGUGGCUAUAAUUAUACGAAUACUUAUUUGCCUCAAAGCGCUCCCAAUCAACAGCAGUCCAUGACUUCGGCCGCCAAUCCCACCAACAGAUCCGCGAAUAACGCAAAUAACGUAUCAGUGGUGACACCGCCGACAGCCGCUGUCCACCGGAAACUUCCGCAUUGUUUUGAAGACGUGUCCAAAACACCGGCGCUUUACUCACGAGUUUGGGCUUAUGUCCAACUGAACGAUAAUCUCUGCGACACAAACAAACUCUAUCCGGUAUUACUGUCUGUGGGUCUCCCGCAGCAGGUGUUGGCCCAACUCUGGUCAGUCGUUAAUCAGACAAUACCGGGACAAUUGACACGUCCGGAGCUGUCGAUGGCGUUGGCGUUAAUCGCACUCUUGCAGCAGAACUGCGCCAACCCUUUGGACCAGAUCUACAAAUUGGAUUCCCUUCCUCUGCCGACCAUUCGCUUCUUCGACGAUACGAUUCAAGUGAACACCACUUCCGGAGGACAACAGCCGCAGUCGUCAGCAAACGUACCGCAGACCCGACAUUCCGACCACAAUAUUAUUGAUACAAAUAAAAGCGAUCAAAACUUUUCGCCCAAUUUUGGCGAUACUUUGACCGCCGAAGCCGUGGCCACGAAUGACGACGACUUCGAUGACUUUAAGUCCGCUGACGUCCGCAUAGAACCCAUCACUUCUAAUAUUCAUCCGAUUGCCACUCCUUUACCCACAAAACAGUCUACAGAAUUGAUGAUGGGAUCCGUUGUCAGUGAUGUUAUUGAUGACGAUUUUGCUGACUUCAAAAGUGCGGAUUUUAACGCAAUUGAAUCGCAUUUGACAAAGACUUCGAGUGAAAUGGCGGUCAAUGAGUUGGAGUCUAAGCUCAAGAAGCAAACGCUGAGCGACGCCGUGGCCUCCAAUAUCACCGCAAUGUCGUUGACAAAUAGCCCGCGAAACCUGACACCCACUCCAGUGUUUAGUAUAUCAUUAGUGAAUUCUUGGGAUCAUUCUUCGGGCCCAAACACACUGGAAUCGAGUCCCGAUUCUAUUGGUGUCUUUGACGCCGUGUCCGCAGCGGCGGUCAAUUCCAGUUCAUCGGCCGAUAGGUAUAACGUUUUCCGGGAACUCAUGUCCGACACGACACCGAAAGCUGAAGACUUUGGCAAUUUCUUAUCGCAUACGACCGCCAACUUUGACACCGUUUCUGUGGACAGUCUUCAGUUUAAUCCAAAUCAAGACAAUAUCUACGACAGCGUCGAAGCGGUCAGUCAUCAGAUGAUACAGACUUGUCGUCAAUUAAUACACAAAGCGUUUAACGUAUUGAUCGUAAGCCACGGCGAAGACAGCGCCGUAGAGGCCAUUCGGGCCGCAAAUGGCCUCCGAUUUGCAUUCGAUUUACUAGAAGUCUAUGCGAUUGUCAAACGGCUGGACAAAAGUCUUAAGGCGAGCGACAAAUUGAAUGAUAACAUAACGAAACUCAUCGAUGACAUCGACAGCGCGUGGAAUACAAUCGGCUCUCUCUUCGCCAAAGCAUCCAUUGAUAUUGAGUUGAAGGACGAGAGCGUUAUGAAUGAGUCGGAGUCCUCGCCGUCAAACACCGGCAGUCUGUGCACAAUAUGCUGUUCAAAGGCGACCGCUGACCGCCCGGUCAUACCCUUUGCCGGCUUUGAUUACCACACGAGUUGUGCCAAUCUUUGGCUCAAUUGUAUUAAUCCAUCACUUCCUCAGCCAAUAAUCAAUUGUCGUUAAAAAUGAAUUACAUUUGUGUUUAGUUUCUUAAAUGAUAAUCGGAU